UAUUAACCAUCACAGAUUACAGAUGUAAUCUGUGUUAACCAUAAGUUUCAUACCCAAAAUUUUAUGAAAAUCUUGAUUUGAUCCUAUUUGAUGUAAUAAAUUUAUGUUUACAUUUUUGUUUAUUCCUUGGUUGUAAUAAAUAAUAACACCAUGAGUAAAGUUGUGAUACCACCAAUGGCUCGCAUUCCUAAAAAGACACCGAUUACAGAUGAUUAUGAAAUUACAAAAAGUGUCUUGGGUCUUGGUAUCAAUGGAAAAGUUGUUGAAUGUUAUUCGAAAACGACUAGAGAAAAAUAUGCGCUUAAGAUAUUGAAUGAUAAUGUUAAGGCACGACGGGAAGUUGAAUUGCACUGGAAAGCUAGUGGUUGUAAGCACAUUGUAAAUGUUAUUGAUGUUUAUGAGAACAAACAUAAAAAUACUACCUGUCUUUUAAUGGUCAUGGAAUGUAUGGAGGGAGGAGAACUUUUUCAGAGAAUCCAGGAUAGAACUGAUGGUGCCUUUACUGAAAGAGAGGCUGCUCAGAUAAUGCAUGAAAUAUGUAUUGCUGUGAAGUAUCUUCAUGAUAAUAAUAUUGCGCACAGAGACUUAAAACCAGAGAACCUCCUUUACUCUAAAAAGGGUACUUAUGGUAUACUUAAAUUAACAGAUUUCGGAUUUGCAAAGGAAACCCUUAGUCAAGAUACUUUACAAACUCCAUGUUAUACUCCAUACUAUGUUGCUCCUGAGGUUCUGGGUUCUGACAAAUAUGACAAGAGCUGUGAUAUAUGGUCCCUUGGUGUCAUAAUGUAUAUCCUGUUGUGUGGUUUUCCGCCUUUUUAUAGCAAUCAUGGAAUGGCAAUCUCUCCUGGAAUGAAAAAAAGGAUAAGAAUGGGUCAGUUUACAUUUCCAGAUCCUGAAUGGAAGAAUGUCAGCCAAAAUGCCAAAGAUCUCAUAAAGGGCAUGCUUAACAUUGAACCAACCAGCCGUUUGACAAUAUCACAAGUGAUGAGUAAUUGGUGGAUAGCACAAUAUACAACUGUACCACAAACGCCUCUCCACACUAACAAGAUGUUAAAAGAAGGAGAAGAAAUGUGGCCUGAAGUACAAGAAGAAAUGACUAGAUCUUUGGCAACCAUGCGAGUUGACUAUGACCAAGUGCAUAUUAAAUCAAUUGAGGAUUCAAGUAACCCUCUUUUGAAUAAACGUCGUAAGAGAUCAAUAGUAAACAAUCAAAGUGGUAAAUAGUAGGACAGUAUUGAAUUGAAUGGUGUUACAUAACACAAAUUUUCAUUGAACAAUUUGCUAAUGUCCUGUUUCAGAAAUCAACUUCAAUGUGCAAUAUAAUAUUUUUAUUCAGUCAAAAUAUUUUAUAUUAUAUAUAUCUUUUCUGUCUUUGAAUUGAUCACCAGCUUUUUUCUUGAGUUCAUCUGCAAGACUCCCGAGAUUUUUUUUUCAUUUCAUUCUUCUGAACUGCUUAUACACACUGCAUCUUACACUUCAGUUGUUUUUUAGACAACUUUUUGCCAGUACUCAUGCAGUACAUUAUUUUGUACACCGUUUGCAACAAACACUAACUGAAUGUUUUGUAAGUCUCAUAUCAACUUGGGAGUUCUUCAAAAGAAUAAAAAAAUUAAAUAAAUUAUUUUAAUAAUGAUUAUAAACGAAUUAAUGGACCUGUUCAAUCAAAUAUUUAGUGAACUAGAACUCGUUUAUAAAGUCAUUAUCAAAAGGUUAGUACAGAACUGAAGUUGUGGAUAGGUUGGUGGUGAAAUUACAACCAAGUGAAUGAACUUUUAAUUAUAAACAUAUAUAAUAUAUAUAUAUACAAACAAAAUCUUUUGUGUCCAAGAUUAAUUUCGAAAUUUGACAAUUCAACUGACCUGGCUAGGAGAAGAAUACUAAGACCUAUGCUUUAUAUUUAGCACAGACGUGAUACUAGAAUUAUUCAGUUUCCAGACUGUUAGAACUUGAAAUUUUGACUGGAUAUUUGUUCAUUUGACAACUGAAUUUGUAAUUUGAGAUGUUGGUAAUAUUUUAUCAUCAUAAAUAAAAUUCUUGUUUUUGUAAAACUAUCAUGUUACGAUUUGUUAGAUUCUUCUUUUUAGAAAGUAGGGGAUAUCUAGUUCGCGAAAAUAGAAAUUAACCAAUUUGCAAUGUAUUGGAAUAUUAUUAUGAUUAACUUCUUCGAGUUUUUCUGAAGAAAGAAUGAGAAUAAACAUGUUACUGAAAUAA